UUGGCUCAGACAGUGCAAACGCCUUCGCAACACCUCGUCCAUCAUUUCCUUCUUCUUUGACACCAUGGGCCUUGAGGCACAUUUGCAGCAUGCGUCUCUCUUGAAGAAGGUCGCUGAAUCUAUGAAGGACUUGUGCAAGGACGUGAACUUUGACUGCUCCGAGAAGGGCAUUGAGGUGCAAUGCAUGGACAGCUCACAUGUAGCAUUGGUCUCCGUGCUGCUGCGAGAGUCUGCCUUCGCUGAGUUCAAGUGUGACCGUCCAGUGUCGCUUGGUAUGAACAUUGACUCGUUGACCAAGAUCCUGAAGAUGACAAGCGCCAAUGACUCGUUGAAGAUUCGACACCAGACAGAUGCCGACACAGUCAACUUCCAGUGUGAAGGCUCAGAUGAUCGCAUUGCUGACUUCGAUUUGAAGCUCAUGCAAAUCGAGAGCGAACAUAUGGAAAUCCCGGAGCAGCACUACAAGGUUGUCGCAAAGUUGCCUUCUUCUGAGUUUCAGAAGGUUUGCCGUGACUUGAAGGAGUUUGGUGAGACCAUUCAGAUCAGUGGCAGCAAAGAAGGAUUGAAAUUCAUGGUGCAGGGUGAUUUGGGCAGUGGCAACGUGAUGUUGAAGCCUCGUGAGGGAGAGAAGCCUGAGGAGAAGGUAUCACUCACAGUCCACGAGCCAGUCACUGCCACUUUUGCACUUCGCUAUUUGGUGAACUUUGCAAAGGCAGAGAAGCUUUGUGGUUCCGUCGAAUUGGGUCUUAGUCCUGAUGCUCCCUUGCUGGUGAAGUAUGACUUGGAGACCGCAGACAAGGGGCACAUGCAGUUCUACCUUGCCCCAAAGAUUGACGAGUGAUAAAGUUGCUUUGGUUCAGUAUCACAGCAUGCGUGGUGCUGUUGCUGGAAGACAGCAGCAUUUUAGCACGCAAUGCCGUGUAUGUUUUGAGUGUAGUCAAGCGCUGCUUGCGAAGGGAAUCACUGCUGGGGUUGCAGUGUAAAGAAGGUCAAUCUGGUCGUGUGAAAGACGGCGAUCAAAGGGAGAUCCAACAGUUUUGUGUCAUUUGAAGGAUGGUCCAGCGCUUUGCACACACAUACACGACAUCCAAACCUAACAGGCUGCUGAGGCUACACACCAU